CGCGUGCGCGUGCGCGUGCGUGUGUGUGAGCGAGACAGAAUACCUAAUGUGCGCAGGCGCAGACAAUAUCAGUUAUUCGCAUAGAAACAGUUCUUAGCUCAAACAACAAUGGAGACGUUAGGAGAAGGUGAAGAUGGGGAAAUUUUUAACAGAGAGAUUGAGUCAUGGCACCAACUCCCUGUUGAAGAGGAUCCUAGUCAGUUUCUGGGACAAACAUCAGGUUUGCUGGAAGCUGAUGGUAUACAAGGGAUCACACUUAACUCUGAAGGAGAAAUGGCUACCAUGGGUGACUCAAAUGUGCAGCCAGCAGCCAACAGAUUUGAAUUUUUACAGCUAGAAUUGCAGGAUAGCUGUUUGUCGCCUGCACUGACCCUAAUUCCUCAGGGGAAGGCCUUUUUACCUUCGGAGUUCACUCUCCUCCAUCAGACAGAUUUAGAGUUUGUCCCUUUAAGGGGGUCACCUGAUCUGUCAAUUGCUUCUGAGAGGUGCUCUCAGAUGUCUCGCCUAGAUGAGGAUGUAGAGUCCAACCUCACACACAGAUCCCAUGAACAAGCAUCACUAUCACAGCAUCAUUUGGGGACAAUGUCUACAAUUUUAGAGGAUGCUAAUAGCUACUGCUCACUAUCACAGCACAGCCUGUCACCUGGUAGCAAUUACCAGGCAACCCAGAUUCAUGAUGAGGAACACAAUAGUGGCUUGUUGAAUAAUGAUGAAGCACAGAAGGAGGGAAAGGAACAAACUGAUACUGAUUUGGAUGGAAGAGGAAAUUCAUGUGGUCAGAAGCUUCUGGAAAAAGUUCUUGGCGUAGCCAGUAGCAGAAUCUCCUCUUCCUCUGAAACUGGUCUCAGUCAGACAGAUGUUGUCCUAAGAUCAACAGACAGCCCUGAAGGCCAGAAUAAACAUUCUGCUCUUUCACAGAAGCAGGAUCCUGCAUGUACCUCUAUAAAGGAACACCAGUUCAGACCAUCUCAGAGCAGAGAGCAGCCACAAGGUGGCUCUUCGUCCUUGUUAUCGCAAAGAAGGACUAUGGAGAGAGGCAGUUUGUCACUUUCCACUCGUUUAUCUGCCAUCUCAAAUAUUACAGUUCGGUCCACAGUUCAGCACAGUGAGUCCUCAUUAGCUGCACGAGAAGGUAGAAAUCAAACUGAGAACAAAAACACUCCAAUUGGACAGAAUGUCCCUCUGGUCAGUGAAGGUGGUGGGCUGCAGAGAGCACUCUGGAGCUCAGGCAGCAAUAAAGCAGCAGAUGGUUCCUUUUUGACCUCUCAGCCUGUGUUUCAAUCCACGCCUGCAGUGCUCCUUGGUAGAGGAGCACUAGUCGCAGCCAGACUCUCCCCCGUAUAUUCUUAUCGAGACAAUGUGGCAUCAACCCAAAACAGCACUCCUAAUCCAGACGACAUUCCAGCAUUAAAACUAAGUACCUCAAGACAUACAAGCAUGGCUGGAGUUACAAUAGCUUUAAACCAAGGUGAGGCUCAUACAGAGCAUCAUGAGAUACCUCAUAGCCAAGAAGCCCCUUUGCCAGUGUUAGAUGUGCCUGUCAUUGCUGAUAAAGACAAAACACUUGACCAGCCUACCUUAGCCACACUUCUGCCUACAUCUGACCAACAACUUAAAGAUCAGGAGCCUAGACUGUCUGAAAAAAGAGUGCAUUCUCUACCCAUCCUCAGUUAUGUGCAGAAGGUUGAUGCUUGGAAAGCCAAUCAGAGUUCCAGCAGGUCAAUGCAUGACAGUAUGUCAUGGAAAGAAGGGAAAGAACAAGACUCUGUGUCUGAGGCAACAAAACAACAAAGUCGGCAACAUUCCAAUAAAACAUCUUCAAUAUUUAGUGCCAAUAGCAGUACUGCACCCACUCAGACAGGCAGUGGUGUGCUGUCAUGUGCAGAUGUGGAAGUGGCAGGAGGAGCUGUGGGAUCCACGUCACCAUCACCAUUUACUCACUCCUGUUCCCACUCCUCUAAUGGAACAGUCAUCACACCCAUCCAGCAUGAUGAAUUGCAACAAAACCAAAAUCGGCCUCCUCUUACAGGAUAUACUCCUAUUGCCAUCUCUCGAGGCUUCAACUCCACUGCAGCUGAAUUGUCCCUGUCAUCAUGUGAAACAAGUAGCCAGAGGCCAGCUGAUGACUUAGGAACUGGUCCUUUAAAACCCCCUGCUUUGCUUAAUGUAGAUCAGUACAGUGGCAUAAAUGUAAAUAACAACAUGAGCAACACAAUUCCCAAUUUUCAGGCAUCAAUAGGUGCAGCUUCCUCUGUUGUAAGUCUUGAAUUGGACAACUAUGCACCUUAUUGGACUUCUAGACCUGGAUCUCCCCGACGGCCCCCUGAGUUUAACAUCGAAGACAGAAUCCCUCUCUACCUUCACAAUUUGGGGAUUGAUCAGUCACCGUCAACAAUCUUAAAUCCCUUUACACAGCGGGGGCCCAUCAGAGAACCUGAAUAUUCUCCUACUGAUUUAUGUACCAUUAAAGGCUCAGUGGGAACACCCACCAAGAGCAUACAGCCUUCUGACAGUGACAGUUUUCAGAAGGAGACAUUCUCAAAUUCAAGUGUGCUUUCUGCAGAUUCCAGUGCCUCUUUAACACAGUUAUUUAUUCAGCAGUCCCUUCAGCAGCCAACCAGACAAGCUAGUUCAGGCAGUAUAAAAAUGGACCACUACCAGACAGGCAUUCUUGCUGAGCCCCUUAGUCAAUCACACAGUGUUCUCCAUGCAGCUGACAGUUCUAAUCGAGAGGGCAGUUAUGGACUGCCAACUCAGUUUAGCCUUCAGUCUGCUGCUGGGACUUUGGAGAGUAUUAAAGAAGGGGACUCAUCUCUAGUGGGUUCUGGAACCCUGCAAGAGAUCAGGCGUUUACUUGGUCAUGCCGAUAGCCUGGUGUCUGGACAUUCCUCAGAAGCCUCCUUCCAUGUCUCACACUGUUACUCAGAGAGCGAUGCUUCCUUUUUGUCACUCAGGCAGAAAACACAACCAUAUCAUGAUGACUCGUUUUUGUCAGUUGAUGAAAAGAUUUCUUUGGUACUAGCUUGCUCAUCUUCAGACUCUGCCCUGAAAGAGAGCUCCUCAUCUUCAUCUGGGCCUCUAGAGCUGUCCACAAAUUCUGAUCACGUGAGCAAAGGGCCUACAGCACCCUCUCUGGGCAGGGAGGAAGUUCCAAAGUCACGUGAUAUUUGUGUGGCUCCAAGGAGAGCAGAGCCUGAGGGAUGCAGUGCAGCAGACCCUGACAGGGUAGGCCCUGUGAGCCAGUCGAUUACACAGGGGAACGCUUCUUCAACAUCAGAUUGCCAGCAGCAAAGUCAGGACCAUACAGAGAAUGCUGGCAUAAUUUUGUCUGAGAUAAGUCCCACCUACAGUCAAACAGAGGCAGAAAUGGGUGUUUUAAGUAAUGGCAGCAGUGAGCAUUCACUGGCCUCUAGGGUUGCUAAGCUUCUGCAGAGCGAGUCGUCUGUCUCUGUGGUUACUAGCCGCUCAAGUACUGCUGAUUCCGAUGAGAGCCAAGCUAGAGAGUGGAUCAUGAUGAAGGUUUCUAGUGCCAAGUGUGAAUCCUUAGACCUUAAUGCAGAGGACAGGAAGAGAAUUGAGGAGAUAAAAAGAGAGCUCCUGCUGUGUACUAAACAUGCCAAGUCGAGCUCAGAUUCAGAAAGCAGUACACAGGCUAGUGUUGGCUCUGUCCCUCAGCCUGCUGUAGGCUUUGCAGCGGUGCACAGUGCAGAAGACCAUCUCUCUGAGCAGCUGCAGAGAGUCUGUCAGAUUCCACUGCACACACCACCAGAGGACAGAGUAAUUCAGGUUGGCCUCAAGGAGGGAUGUAACCCUGAGCACACACCCUCCCCUCAGACAGCGAAUCAAUGCCUGUAUACACACAACAGCCAUGCUUCACACAAUGACAAAGGACAAACAAAAAAUGAAGGGGGAAAGGGUAUCAUGGGAAAGGAAAAAGAGGUGAGAGAUGAAGAUGAACACCCGGACAGUGAGAGAAAUGAGCCAUUAGUCAUCAGAGGAAAACGAGAGUUCCCUACAGGCUUGGAAUCAGGUUUAACCCUUGGUCAUAAACCUCACUUUAUCAAUAGCCACUUCACACCUGCAGUGACAGUGACAUUACAGCAAAACACCACCCAAAGUCCUGCCAAUACUUCCUCCAGCUACCCAGAACUGCUGACUGGAUCACACACCCAUCAGUCAGAAAGUUUGAAUACCUCAAGAGGAGUCUCAAUCUCAGUCUCCAGCACAAAUGAAGAACAGCAAGUGUCUGUAUCCAGUGAGACCAACUCAAGUAAAGACAGAAACACACACCAGGAUCAGGACAUAGGAAUGCUCAAUGGAUAUUCACAGAUGAGCUCCAGAUCUCCACAAGCCUUUACCUUUGCCCAAAGACUGGCUGGACCAAGUAGACCUUUAGUUAAUACAACUGCUACUACAGGUUUAUUGCCAUACAAACCUCAUGGUAGUUCAGAGCUCUUCUAUAUGCCACAGAUUUUCCCUGAACUCUCCCCUAACCACUCUGAUACCACAGUGGAGAGCUCUCAUCCAGGAUCUGAUGACGCUGUACCCCCUCAAUUUACCCCUGAGGUUUUGGGAUCCAGAGAGCUCAUGGACAACAGCGUUACACCGAAACAUAAGGAGGGCAUUUACAGCAAGAGGCCCAAAAUGAAAAGAGAAUCCACUACAUCUGGAAAAGGCUUUCAUAACCGAAAAGGAAAUACUGGUCUUCUUUAUCAGCAUACUGCUUUUAGUAAGACUGCUGUCCUUGAAAAUGAGCAGGUUGAUGAGCAAACUGAGGAGGGAAAAGCAUUUAUCCCCCUGCAUGUGGAGGCAAACUGCAGCACAACUGAACUAGAUCCUAACCACAGAGUACAAAAGCAUAACAUGGGAAAGGAAACUAUAUGUUCGCUUACUAAGACCACAAGGGAGAAGAAACAGAACAUAAAUGCUCAGGACCUCAGUGCAGAGAUUGACAGCUCUCUGGACCAGUUGUGGCAUCGUUUCAACGAGCAAUUCAUUUUUCAGGACACUAAAACCACUAACAACCUAGAAAUAUCGCUGCUGGAGAGACUGGAAAGAUUGUCCCGUCUUCUACAGGGUUCCACUCCGCUUCACACACCUUCACCGGCACACAGUAGAGCGGAGAAAGGCAAGAGUAGGACAAGAGAACAUGAGCCACGGAGAACACAGGGAACAGACACAACCAAAAAUAGGAAAGAACAAGAAAGAAAUGAAGUGAGAGGUAUUCUAAAAACAGCAUGGGAUAAAAAUAAAUCUUUUAGUAACAAACAAAUAUUAGUAGAGAAGAAACAGCAAGGAAAAGACUAUUGCUUUCCUGCAGAGAGAGUCCAGUCUGACAGUGUUUCUGUGGACACUAGUAGCAGCCAGUCAACCAUCGACACACAACGCUUGAUCAAAGCUUUCGGAGCACAUAGAGUUGGUAAGAGUAACAGUGGGAGAGAAGGGGUGGAAGGAAGUCAGCCGCCAAAGCCCAAUGAUGGCCUGCUGAAACUUUAUAACCACAUUAAGAAGCAGAAAAGAGGACAUGGAAAAGGUAGCUCUGAAAAUCACUUUGUUUCUGUUGCCACAGAAAUAAGCAACACAGAUGACUCCAUGGCCUCAGAAACAUUAUCAUCCUCAAGCACUUCUACCCUACCCUCCCAAAGUGACACUGGACGUACUACUAGUUGUAAGAGAGCAAAAGUCAAACUGGUCAGCAGAAGCAUACAAGCAGGUGAUUUGGAGAUUGUUGUAAAUGGCACCCGCAGAGACACACGGGAUGUUGGCACUACCUUCCCAUCUCCAGGUAGUGCCAGAGUCCCCAGGACAUCUUCAGCAGACUGCAGUGAGGUAAAGGACAGUAUGUCUGCUCUCAAGGCUUCCAGUGCUGUUCACCUCCAACCAGUGCUGAGAAAACAGGCCCCCAGCAAACAACCCAGUUACCCAAAUGGUUUAUCAUGGUUUGUUUCUGCUGAUGAACUGAAAUGGGAUGCACGGAAGGAGAAUAACCCCCAAACAGUUGCAGGGAAGUCUGAAGGACAAGCCUGGUUCGAGCCAUACACUAGGAUGCAGCCAUGGAGAGAGCCGCUUAGAGAACGUCACAUUCAAGUAGAAAGAGAGAAUUCUCCUGAUCAUAAAACACAUGCAGAGAAUGAUUCCGGCAACAAACCCUCUUCCCUAGUCCGUCUUUCUCUGCAGGAGGUGCUGGAGUUGCGUCGACCAGAGUUUGUGUCACGUUCACGGGAGCGGAUGAAAAGGCUGUGCCUGCUAGCAGAGGAGAGAAAAAUGCAAGCCAUCUUCAACAAAGAAAGAGAAGAGCUUUUCAACCACCCUUCAGCAGUACAGCAGCCAAAAGCAGCACCAGCUCCUCCACCUCUUCCUUCUAAGCGAGUUAUUCCUGUAAAUGAGAUGAUCCAGAGAUCCAAGCGGAUCUAUUCUCAACUCCCAGAGGUUCAGAAGAGGAAGGAGGAAGAAAGGAGAAAAGCAGAGUAUAACACUUAUCGCCUUAAUGCUCAGCUAUUUAACAAGAAAAUUACCAAUCGUGUGCUGGGAAAAAGAUCACCUUGGCAGUAGAAGAAACAUCGACAAAAACAUUAUACUGCAGAACUGCUUUAAAGUUGAUUCUCUUUUUGUGUGUUUGUGUCUGUGUGUUGAUAUGAGUGUAAAAGACAGGUGGUGGUGUUGAGUGUAUGAUCAAAUUUAUAGAACAGCUUUUUUCAGGUGUAAUGUAAGCAAUUUUUAUCUUGAUAUUUAAUUUGUCUUAAUAUUUUAAUAAUGUUUUAUAAACUUUUUUAUUGUAACUAUUAAUAGUGCCCAGUAUGAUUUUUAAAAAAAAUGUUUUAUCUGUGUUUUCUUUCAAAUAAAGAAGACAUCAAAAUAUA